GUAUUAUCAUUCAUACUUCAAGCGCCGUAACGUUCGUAGUAACAUUACACAAUAAGCAAGAUGUUUGCGAAAAUAUUUCUACUAACCGCUCUUCUCGUUGGAGUCAGCUGCCGUCAUUUGUCAUUGCCGUACAGACCAGCAAGCUAUAUUGAAGACAACACGGACUUAUUCGGAGAUGACAUAGACGAUUUAUACUCGGAACAUGAAUUUGAAUCUGCACGUCCAUUGUACGUUAAUUCGAGGGUACGCCGUCAGGCACAUGGUGUUAUGAACACCAACCCUGAUGGUACUGCCAAUAUCAUGGCCAAGUUACCUCUGGCUGGUAAUGACAAAAAUGUUCUGAGUGCUAUUGGUGGUUUAGACGCUGUCAAGUCUGGCGGAAGCUUUGGUGCUGCAUCUGGUGGUGUUGCUCUAGAUAAUGUUAACGGACAUGGUUUGAGUCUUACUGGCAAGCAUAUUCCCGACUUCGGAAAUCAGCUCACGGCAGCAGGAAAGGUUAAUCUCUUACACAACGAUCACAACGACUUCAACGCCAACGCAUUCGCCACGAGAAACUUCCCGAAGAAUCCUGUUAUACCAAACUUCAAUACUGUUGGAGCCGGUGUCGAUUACACCUAUAACAACAAACUUGGUGCUUCUCUUAGUGCAGCACACACCGAUCUCUUCAAACGCACAGACUAUUCAGCGAUGGCGAACGUCAACUUAUUCCGAAACCCCACCUCCAGUUUGGACUUCAACGCUGGUGCUACUAAGUCUAUAUCACCAUACAUUCCCAACAGAUCUUGGCAGCCAGCUUUUGGACUAUCUUUCUCUAAAUAUUUUUAAGCCUUGGACUUCUUGCCUUUAAAUUAUUAUGAAAUUACCAAAGAAAUUGUCCGGUGCCUUUUGUGUAGUAUUAUAUAAAUAUAUGUUAAUAAUAAGAACUUGACAUGAAAUGUUCUGUUAAAUGUGUCAUGACCUUAAAAUCUUGCCAUCUUAGAGUAAGUCGUAAAUUAAGUAUUAUGUGACCAAUUAAACAAAGAUUGGAUUUUA